AUGAUUUGGCAGUCCGCGCUGACAUGCGCGGUCUUGACUGCGCUGGCAGGAUGUGCCUCAGGCAUGGGAUUCGCUCUGUCGCCCAGAACGAAGGAUCUGCGCCUGGCUGCUGCCCUGGGCCUGGAUGCAGACGCCGUCCUCUUGAACCAUACGCACUUCCGCAACACGCUGGCCAGCUUGCGGACAUCCGACAUCCAAGCGGAACAGGCGACUAUCCCAAUCGACCACGAUGAUCAUUCCGUCGGCACCUAUCAGAACCGCUACUGGGUCACCACCGAAUACUACAAACCCGGCGGACCGGUCUUUGUCUACGAUGUUGGCGAGUCCUCCGCCGAGGACGUCGCCCAGACUAUGCUCACCAACGGGUCCUUUUUCGUCGAGUUUCUGCAGGAGUUCAACGGGAUUGGUCUUGUCUGGGAGCAUCGAUACUAUGGCGAGUCUCUUCCGUUCCCCGUCGACAUCGACACCCCUCCUGAGCACUUCAAGUAUCUGACCAACCGGCAAGCGCUGGCUGAUCUGCCGUAUUUCGCCAUGACCUUCAGCCGGGACGAGUUUCCCGGCCAGGACCUGACGCCCAAGUCGACGCCCUGGAUCAUGGUGGGCGGGUCGUACUCGGGGAUGCGGGCGGCCUUCUCGCGCAACGAGUAUCCUGACUACAUCUACGCCGCGUUUGCCUCGUCGGCACCGGUCCAGGCGCGCAUCGACAUGAGCGUCUAUUUCGACCAGGUCUAUCGCGGCAUGGUCGCCUAUGGCUACGGCGGCUGUGCCAAGGACCUCCACGCGGUGCAUGUGUACAUCGACCAGCAGCUGGCGCAAAACGGCACGGCGGCGGAUGACAUAAAGAGACUGUUUUUCGGCCCGGGGGCGGAAAAUAACACCAACGGCGAUUUCACCUCGGCUGUCGACCUCAUCUACAUCAACUUCCAGAACUUUGGCAUGGGCGGCGGCGACAUGGGCCUGGGCAGCCUCUGCGACGCCCGCGGACGGAUGGGCCCCGUAUAUCGGCAGCAAGGCCGUGGCGGAGCGACUGGCGUCGUGGCCCAACCUGGUGCCCCUGGUCAACGGAUACUUUGGCGACCUGAACUGCAAAGGGCAGGCGAACCAGAGCGAGCCGGUGUCAUGCGAUCUGGCACAGCGGGCGUCGAACCCGGACAUGAUCAGCUGGAUCUGGCAGUUCUGCUCGCAGUGGGGGUUCUUCCAGAGCGACAACCUGGGUCCGCACUCGCUGCUGUCGCGGUACGAGUCGCUGGAGUACCAGCAGCUGAUGUGCUACCGGCAGUUCCCGGGGGCGGUCGAGAGCGGCGCGCUGCCAGCCCAUCCAGACGUCGACGGGGUGAACAAGGAGACAGGAGGCUGGACGAUGCGCCCGUCCAACGUGUACUGGAGCGGAGGGGAGUUCGACCCAUGGCGGACGCUGUCGCCGCUGUCAACCGAGGCGUUCGCGCCACGGGGGUGAACUUCACGACCGAGAUCCCGGCGUGCGGCGUGUCGACGGGCGAGGACCAGCUGUUCGGCUACAUCAUGAAGGACGCGGAGCACUGCUUCGACAUGAACCCGACCUUCGAGGGGGGAAAGGCGGUCGCGGGAGAUUUUGUUAAUGCGCUGCACAAGUGGUUGCCUUGCUUUAAGAAGAGAUAUAUGUAUAUGUAUAUGCAUGUCAAGUUGCAUAAUGCAGACAACUGCAUUUUAUGUAUGCAAAGGGCCAAAGGUCUAGAGCGUUUAAGUAUAAGCUUGCAGAGGGCCAAAGGUCUAGAGCAUCUAUGUAGGCAUUAUCAACCUUCCAAGUCGGGCAAAUGGUGCGUCUCCUACUCCGUAGUCUGUGUCGACUUGAUUAAAUUAUGCGAUAAUCCAUUGACUCCUCAGGGGAACGGGCCCCCGGCCAAGUCUCCGAGUAUUGCUCCCAUGUCCAUCACCAGCCCCCCUGCGCUGACCACCACGUUUACGCCUGCGCCCUCCUGUCUCCGUGAUACCUACGUGUGGAACGCCACCGUUGGCCAUUCGUGCGGAUUCGGGUCCUCGACCGUGCCCUGCGUCUACGCGAGUCUGGGGCCGCCCAGCACGUCCGCAUGUCUUCCGCCGGGUUAUAACUGGGAUACCACGGCGUACUUUUCGCCGGGGAUCUGUCCGUCCGGAUACGAGAUUGCUUGCGAGUCGGUCGUUAGUAUCGGUUCUGUGUCGGAGACUAGAGCGACGUGUUGUCCUGUCGGCUAUACUUGCCAGUCGGGGACAGACUGGCCCUGGUAUUCGACCGAUCGCUGUGCCUCGGGUCUUCCUGGCGUCGUGCCUUUUACCUACACCUCCACAACGGACAGUGGAUGGGUCACUCUGACCACCACCGUCCAGGCCGGUCUCAAUGCGUACGGUAUCUAUAUUCGAUGGCAGUCGACCGAUUUUCUGCCGAGAGAAACGUUGUCGCCGUCGUCGACAGCGUCUGUCCUGACAUCCUCCUCAGCAUCAGCCCCAGUCACGACAACUGCAGUUUCGACCGCAGUCUCGACCUUUGAAGCUAUCCCAGAAACGGCUCCAUCAGGUUUAUCAUCCGGCGCCAAAGCCGGAAUCGGAGUCGGAUCAGCAGUAGCAUUCCUCCUCCUCGUGCUAAUCGGUCUGUUAAUAUACCGAAUGUUCGGACCCGGGCGCAGAGAUUCCUCUUCGCAGAAGAAUAUCAUUCUCGAUCCAUCAGACCCAGGCCACCCCCAAAGCCAAGGACCUAUGAUGAUACCAGUGCAAAACUACAAGUUUUACGAGCUUUCAUCCUCGCCUAUGAGGAGGGAGUUGGAUUCGAGGCCGAAAAUGUCAACUGCUGCUCAGCAGCAGCUUCAUGAGUUACCGGGUACGAUGUAUGAUCGAUGA